AUGUCAAGAGCAAAAGAGAUCCAAGAGAAGCUCAGUUUACAAGCCAAACUGCAGGCGUCGUUUAAUGCAUCUGCUUUGAAAGCUUCGGAGUGGUUACCCAAGGAUUCGCUAGAGGACCAAAAAAGCGAUUUAACGUCAUCAAAAGACUCAUUCUACAGCUUACCAGUUAUAGGCGUGGGCGCAGGCCUCAGUUUUGAAGAAAAGGAGGAAAGUAAUGCUCAGGGUGAGGUAUCUACUAUUGGGGAAUUUAUCAAUAGUAAUAAAAAGCUAUCAUCAUUAGCCAAAAAGAAGAAGGGCAAACAUGCCACUAAUUCCCAAAGCCAAAGUGGAGGGAUCUUCAAAGUUAGCUCCAGUGAUACCAGGGCAAUGGUAGCGCUAAAAAGAAAGAUGAAAAGCGGUCGCAGGCAAGAGUUAAGAAACAAAAUAUCACGGCCAUCCGCCCUAGACAUGUCCCACCCUGGGUUAGGGACCAAGGAAGACCUCCGGCACAGUGAUAGUGAUGAAGAGCCUCAGGUCACCAAGACCUCAAAAAAGUCAUACGGCUUACUCUUCGAAUCUAAAAAACCCAAGAGGAAAUAG